CGUCUCUGAGCAAUUCUGUAUUCUGUAUCGCUCUUACUAAUCGAGACGUUGUUAUUGCGUUCAAUUGCGUUCCUGUAAUAUCUAAGACGAAAAAAGAAAAAAAAAAUAUAUAUAUAUAUACAUAAAAAGAGGAAUCUUUAUUGCAUAAAAAUUUGCACACAACAGCAAUCAUGUCAACCGAUGUGAAUAUGCAAGCUGAAAAGUCCAAUGGAGAAGCAAGUGUCGAUAAAACCGAAGAAGAAGAGGGCAGAUCAUCUAAAGACCUGCAUGUGCAAGAAAGUGGACCUAUUUAUGGAGGUUGUGAAGGACCAAAUGCAAUGUAUGUGAAAUUAGUCAGUAGUGAUGGACAUGAAUUUAUUGUUAAAAGAGAACAUGCAUUAACAAGCGGUACCAUCAAAGCAAUGUUAAGUGGUCCUGGACAGUUUGCAGAGAAUGAAGCUAAUGAAGUUAACUUUCGAGAAAUUCCGUCUCAUGUAUUACAAAAAGUUUGCAUGUAUUUUACUUAUAAAGUGCGCUAUACAAAUAGCAGUACAGAAAUACCAGAAUUUCCGAUUGCACCUGAAAUCGCUUUAGAAUUAUUAAUGGCUGGCAAUUUCUUAGAUUGUUAAACAUUAUUUGCAUUAUAUCGUCUCUAUCAAUAAAUUACAAAAACAAUGCAGUUGUAUUAUAGCCAUAACUCUAUACUUUAAAAGCUCAUAUUGGAGCAUAAUAAUAAAGCUUAUUGAAUUCUUA